AUGCCCGAGAUUGAAUCCAUUCUGCAGCGGCCACAGGACCCAGACCUUACUUCCAGCAGUGCCUUUCCUGAAACUGCUUUGCAUGUCGCGCUGCAGCUUCGACGCUUUGAUGUAGUGCAGCUACUUUUAGAGGCUCUCGCGGAUGUGGACAAGCCUGACGGACGCGGCUCAAGCCCCCUGUUGAAGGCUGUUGACAUUGACAACUUGGAAGUCGCGCGUGCCUUGUUGGCCGCUGGUGCCCACACAGAUGCUGCCAACUUGAGAGGCGAGACGCCCCUUUUCAAAGCAGCUGCAAAUGGACUUGCAGAGGCAGCGCUGCUUCUCGUGGAGGCCGGUGCGGACAAGGACAAACUAGCUGCCUGCGGAAGGAGCCCUCUCCACGUGGCUGUUUUGCGCGGCCAUGCAGCAGCAGCCCGGGUGUUGCUGAAGGCACGUGCCAACCCCAACAUUGCGGAUCGACAUGGGUGUACGCCCCUUCGGCUGGCAGCGGGGCUUGGCGAACUGGAAACCACCUUACUUCUUUUAGAUCAUCACGCUGAUAAGGACACGGCUGACAGCGAUGGUGUGACUCCACUCCUGACAGCUUGCCUCCUGGGGAAUUUGGAGGUUGCCAGGGCCCUGGUACAGUCUGGUGCGAAGCUGGAUCAGGCGAACAACCACGGAGAGACACCGCUGGCGGUGGCCCUGGCAUAUCGGAAGGCCCAGGUGGAAGGCGUGCGCUUGCUGACGGAAGCCUCCGCUGAUGUGGACAAGGCCGAUUCUGUUGGGCGGACGCCUUUGCUGAUCGCCUGCCUCCACGGCCACUUGCAAGUGGCCAAGUUCAAGGGGGAGUCUGCUGAUGACUGGAUCCUGGGUUGUGCGCAUCCUGAAAUUGUGCGCCAGUUGUCGGAGGCAGUUGUCAACGGCAGCGUGGAAACUGUGCAGCUCCUCGUCCAAGCUGGUGCUGAUCUGGACAAGCUGAACACUUUUGGGAAGACGCCUCUGUACAUGGCUGCCAUGUGUGGGCAUCCAGCUAUUCUGGAGAUUCUGCUGGAGGCACAUGCCGACGUGAACAAGGUGGGCAACGAUGGGCUCACACCCUUGCUGCUGGUGGCCAAACAAGGGGACCUACAGAUGACGCAGCUUCUGCUGAGAGCAGCGGCGGAUAAGGACAAGACCAACACGGAAGGCUCAACACCUCUUCUUUUGGCUUGCCUCGGUGGCAAUUUGGAGGUCGUCCGGGCUCUUGUGGCUGCAGGGGCUAACCUCAACCAGGCCGACAAUCAAGGACGCACACCACUUCUGGCUGCAUGUUUGCAUGGCUACACGGAAGUUGCGGGGCUCCUGCUGGACUUCGGCGCAACAAUGUUGAAG